GCAUCUGGCUCGUUCUAUGAAUCAAUCUCCCCUUCUCUCUCUCUCUCAUAAUCCCAAAUAUUCACCCCUUAAAUCUCAGCGUCGGAUGAGGAUCAUAUAUAUGAUGCAUCAUACUACUUUGUAACUUUUUUGUGAAUUGUGUUUGUGUUUGUGUUGUUGCUGCUGAUUUCGUAUUUCAUAGAUAAUAUGGAUUUGACACACUCUCAAUCAAAUCUCUCUUUAAACUUUGUCUCUCACUCAACAGUAUCACAGCCAAAUUCAAACCCUAAUAAUAGUAAUCGGAUUUUAAUAAACGACGACUCUAUUUCGUUCCAGAUCGAUUCUAGGUUGCGCGAGUCGUCGAACCCGAGAUCUUCGAUUCCUCUGCAAUUGCUGGAACAAACUGCGCAGAAUUGCACGAAGAAGGAGAGCGAAAUGGAAAUGGAAGCGGUGGAAAAGGAGGAGAGAGAAGACGGAAAUCAUGGGGAUGAAGAGGAGGUGGUGGAAGAGUUCCGUAUUCUAGGUCACUCGAUGUGUCUAAAACGACGUCGGGGGGAUAGAGAGGAUUCAGUAUCGUCUUCUUCUACAGUUGCAGUUGCAGCGACGAAACGUAUGAUGGUUGAUUCAAGUCUCGAGUCGCGUAGGUGUGGAGUGAAAUCGUGGGGGAAUCAGUCAUUACGAGUGGCAGACCCUGAAAUAUUCGAUAUAAUGGAAAAGGAAAAGACGAGACAAUGCAAAGGAAUUGAAUUAAUUGCUUCGGAGAAUUUCGUAUGUAAAGCUGUGAUGGAAGCGUUAGGAAGCUUUUUAACAAACAAGUAUUCAGAAGGAAUGCCUGGCCAGAGAUACUAUGGAGGAAAUCAGUACAUAGACGAGAUUGAACUUCUAUGUUGUGACCGAGCACUCGCUGCUUUUGAUCUCAGUUCCGAAAAUUGGGGUGUAAAUGUUCAGCCAUAUUCUUGUACCUCUGCAAAUUUCGCAGUUUACACCGGUCUUUUGUUGCCAGGAGAUCGAAUUAUGGGAUUGGACACCCUUUCUGGAGGGAACACAAGUCAUGGUUGUUAUACUCCCAAUGGAAGAAAGGUGUCUGGUGCCUCUAUUUUCUUUGAGAGUUUGCCUUAUAAGGUCAAUCCCCUUACUGGCUAUGUAGAUUAUGAUAAGCUAGAGGAGAAAGCACUCGAUUUUCGUCCGAAGAUUCUCAUUUCUGGUGGUAGUUCUUAUCCUCGUGAUUGGGAUUAUGCAAGGUUGAGACAGAUUGCUGAUAAGUGUGGUGCCGUUUUGAUGUGCGAUAUGGCUCAAAUUAGUGGCCUUAUCGCUGCUAAGGAAUGCGUCAGUCCUUUUGAAUAUUGUGAUAUUGUUACCUCUACAACUCAUAAGAGUCUGCGAGGUCCUAGAGGAGGUAUAAUAUUUUAUCGGAAGGGAAAGAAACCAAGGAAGAGAAGCUUGUUGUUGAAUGCAUCUGACGAAAGUGAGCUAUAUGACUUUGAGGAUAAGAUAAAUUUUGCCGUCUUCCCCGCCUUACAGGGUGGUCCGCACAACAACCACAUUGCUGCUCUUGCUAUAGCUUUGAAACAAGUUGCCACUCCGGAGUACAAGGCUUACAUGCAACAAGUCAAGAGAAAUGCUAAAGCCUUGGCAUCUGCUUUAGAGCGAAGAAAAUGUCGGCUAAUAACAGGAGGCACGGACAAUCACUUGCUGCUUUGGGAUCUAAGGCCCCUUGGUUUGACAGGAAAGAAUUUCGAGAAGGUAUGUGAAACAUGUCAUAUUACUUUGAAUAAAGUUGCUUUGUUUGGUGACAAUGGCACCAUAACACCUGGUGGCGUAAGGAUUGGUACACCAGCAAUGACAACAAGGGGUUGUCUGGAACAUGAUUUUGAGGUGAUUGCUGACUUUCUUAUCCUAGCAGCUCAAAUCACGAGUAAAGUGCAGAGGGAACAUGGAAAGUUGCAGAAAGCCUUCCUGAAGGGUAUGCAAAGCAACAAGGAUAUUAUUGAGUUGCGAACCCGUAUAGAAGUUUUUUCUGCUCAGUUUGCCAUGCCAGGAUUCGAUGUGUAGUUGUUGCUUAUGGAAGGAUGCCAUCUUCCAUCUGUCCUGAUUUAUGAUUUGAAGCACCUACUGAGUCAUCAUUUGCAUUCAACCUUUUGUUCCACCUUCCCACAUUCACUCAUGUUCUCGGUUUUGGACAAUGUUGCUGUUGGUCUCAGCAGGCAUUUGAGGGAUUAGCUCAGUGAUGUUCAUAUAGCUGAUGCUUGGUUAUAUUUACACUUUGUGAUCAUUCUUUACGGGCAACACAAGUAAAUGGUAUGCUUUUUCGGGAGUUUGAUCUACUAUAGUACCUUGACCCCUGUGGCUGUCAGGCUAUAAUUGGACAAAGGGCUUUACUCUUUUUUUGACACCUUUCAGUGUUGUUCGACCAUGUUAUUUAUGUACAGUCAAAAUUAGCUUACUAUUAUACUUAUGGUACAAGCAAUGGAAAUGGUCUUUUGAGGUUUGAAUA